UCCCGUGAGGCAGCGCGGGCCGGGCCGAAGCCCCGCCCUCUCCGCCGGCUGCCGGGACGAGGCUGCGCGUGCCCUCGCCAUGGCGGGCGUAGCCGUGCUGCGGGUGGCGGGCCGGCGGCUGGGCCUCGGCGCCCCGGCGCGCAGGGCGUUUUGGGGCGGCGUGAGGAAGCAGGAACAAGAAGUGGAAGCAGACAAAAUAAUUCAUCAAGAGAAAAGUGAACCCAGCCUGAUCUGUCCCCCACCACGCAGCAGAAAUUAUAUUCCUCCAGGGGAUAUAGAGAGUUGCCUGGAGUCUUAUGUCAAGGAGAUUUUUGGACCCUCACUUCCUGAUAAUUGGCAGCAGACACCUCUCAAAGAAAACAGGUUAAAGUAUCACCUUCUGGCUCAGCUGGCAGCAGAACUCGGUCAUGCUGUCCCCAAUUCACAGCUCCACCUCAUGCGCAGUGCUGAAGAUGUCUUGAAUUUUUAUAGCACUCCUGUGAAGGAUGUGUCCAAGUUUGAUGAACUGUGCGCUGCAGAGCUGCCCCCAAACCUGAAGAUUAUCUGGCAGCAGUGAGUUGCACCAUACAGCAUCAAUUUGCGUUGUUUGUAUUCCCAACGCAAGACUGCAGAGCAGAAGCAGAGCCCUUUCGUUGUAGUAGCAGCUGAAUAUAUGAAUAUCCCUAAUAAAAAUGCGUGUAUUUGUCCUCGA